AUGACGGCCCCCGUGGGCAAGGCAGAGGCUUCGCGCGAUGGUUCGACCGACUCUAUCGGAUCGUCGCCCGAACCUGGUCUGGCGGAGACAUAUACCCAGGAAGAGCCCCAGCAGCAGAAGCGCAAAGGCGGCCGACUAACCAAGCGUCGUAAGAUAUAUGCCACCUCAGAGGAGCGCAAGCAGCGCAAUAGACAGGCGCAAGCCGCCUUUCGUGAGCGCCGUACAGAGUACAUCAAGCAGCUGGAGAGCACCAUAAAGCACCAUGAGGACACGCUGCAGAACCUGCAGAACAGUCACCGCAACGCCGCCGACGAAUGCCUUAUGCUCCGGUAUAAGAAUUCUCUACUCGAGAGGAUUCUGCUAGAGAAAGGUAUCGACGUCCAGGCCGAGCUGCGCGCGAAGACUGGCAGUCCAAACCUGGGGCCGACCAGAGCCCCAGCGUCUGCACACACCUCGCCCAACCAGGCGCCUCUCCAACAACGUGCUAUAUUGAACAGACAACAACAGCGGCGCUCGCUCCAAGGCCCGCCCAAGGUUGAUAGCGUCAAUGGCUUGCCCAUGAUACAGCCGGAUGGGCCGAUUCAGCGUUCACCACUGUCGCAACCCACUCCUGGCUCGCAUCUCUCGUCGCCUGCUCAAUCAGCAACGCGCUCGCCCAGCUUCAUACCUCAUGGUCAAUCAGUGUCUCCCAACUUUGGGCCCAUACCUCCACAACAGCAGCAGCACCAACAGCAGCAGCCACUACGGCCACAGCCGCCUAGAUCAAACUUUACUCCCAUGAUGGGUGCUCAGCGCCCUUCGCUCGUAACGAACCAGGCUCCCGCAAAUGGCAUAGCAAACGCGUCUACUGUUGGCAGCAACGGUAACGGCAUAACUCAGAGCAGUGGUCCUACGUCUUUCUACCAGACACAGUUCACGGACCACAUGAGUCAACUCGGCAAGCUGACCCAGCAGGAGUACGAGGAACAAGCCGACUCCUACGACCACGACGACCCGAGCGAGCACUCCGCUGGCCCUGGCCCAUUCCCGCAACAGAACUUCCCGCCGUCGAACAACAUGCCACCACCGAUGCCGCCCUCGCAGAACCCACCCUUUACGAGCCCAGCAGCUUUGGCGCCCAACGACGGAGGCCAUGCCUACAAUGGCAUGAGCAACAACCACCUCUUCGACCCGUACGACCCUAUGCUUGACGCCGACCCCUUUGGACUCUCGGCCAGCAUGCACUUCCCCACGAUGUAUGAGAGUAGAUGA